CCCGCCUUCAUCCAGCAUCAGCAGCGCAACAAACAUGUUUCUGCUGACGUUUUGUCUGUGUUUGGGAAUCGUUAACGGAAUUAUCCCCGAAACCUCGAAAACAGAAAUGGACAUCAUUACGAAUAUGGAGACAAAUAUGUUCCAAGGACAGACGACGCUGAACGAUAAAGAGGUGGAAAAACUGAUGGAGGACACGCAGCAGAAAUUGGAGGAUGCAGUGCAUCAGGUGGAGAACGAGGCUGCAAAGUCAGGAAGCUAUCAACAUAACAUCUCCUCAAACCUCCAAAACGAAAGUAGUACAGAAUUCUCUGCUGGAAAUCGAUCCUCUUAUUUUGCUGAGACGACCAAUAAGACGAAAGAUAACGCAACUGAUGAGAUGACCAUUUCCAAAGGGACACUGUACAGCAAUAAAACAAACAACAUUGAUCAUGAGUGUGUCAUAGAGGAAGACUGUGAGAAUGGCCAGUUCUGUCUGUAUGAAACGCGCAAGUCAAAGUGUCUGCCCUGCAAACAGCUUGAUGCGACAUGUUCCAAAGAUGAAGAAUGUUGUGCAGCAGAACAGUUGUGCGUAUGGGGUCAGUGCACACAAAACAGCACAAAAGGAGAGGCAGGCACCAUCUGUAAAUAUCAGAGUGACUGUAAAGAGGAAUUCUGCUGUGCCGUCCAUAAGGCCCUGCUAUCCCCCGUGUGCAGUUCUAAGCCAAUAGAGCGUGAGCGCUGCAUCAUUACAGCCAAUCACCUGAUGGAUCUGGUGUCAUGGGAUAUGGAGGGGGAUGGUCCUCAAAAACACUGCCCUUGUGCUGGAGACCUGCAGUGCCAACAUCAAGGGCGAGGUGCUUUGUGCCUGAAAUCUCAGAACUUCAGCGAGGAGAAUCUCGCCGACACGCUGUACUCGGAGGUCGACUACAUUUUCUAGUGAGAAUCAGCCCGAGAUGAAAGAGCUUCUGACAAACACGUAUGCUUCAUCAUUGCCCUCAAAAGCCUUGCAGGACGCUCUACCAUAAUCAUCCAAACCAACUCAACACAGCUGUGAGCGAAAUAAUAAAAUGCCGCAGAAGGCCU